CACGAUUCAGAAAGGGGUCUCUCUUCAGCUCUUCUCUUUCCCUCUUCAAUUUUAAAACCCGCUAGGAAAGCAGAAGCAGGGAGCAUAUAGAAAAAGCAGAACAGAUCCCUGAAUAACCACCAUAGCUACGGUCAAUAGAAACAGCACCGACGCAGUCACCACCGCUACCUUGAGAGGAUGUUCAAAAUCUUCAACAGAGGAAAAGAAACUGCCAGCGAUUUCUCACCGCAAUCAUCGCCGUCUCCUUCCUCGUCGAUGUCGCCGUCUCAUGUGACUGGACCGCCGAGGCCUAUCAAUUUGGUGUACCGCGACAGGGAUGGGAAGUUCCGGAUGGAUCCGGAAGCAGUUGCCACGCUUCAGCUGGUUAAGGAACCAAUCGGUGUCGUUUCGGUUUGUGGUCGCUCUCGUCAGGGCAAAAGCUUCAUUUUGAAUCAGCUUCUUGGGAAGAGUAGCGGAUUUCAGGUAGCACCAACUCAUCGACCGUGUACAAAAGGACUUUGGUUGUGGAGUGCACCCAUAAAGAGAACAGCUCUUGAUGGAACUGAAUACAAUCUUUUACUAUUAGAUAGCGAAGGAAUAGAUGCUUAUGAUCAAACAGGGACUUACAGCACUCAAAUAUUCUCCUUAGCUGUUCUCUUAUCUAGCAUGUUCAUUUACAAUCAGAUGGGUGGUAUAGAUGAAGCUGCACUUGAUCGUCUCUCUCUUGUCACUGAAAUGACAAAACACAUUCGAGUGAGAGCUUCAGGAGGAAAGAGUAAAGCUUCUGAACUUGGACAAUUCUCCCCUAUAUUUGUUUGGCUUCUAAGGGAUUUCUAUCUGGAUUUAGUAGAGGAUGAUAGGAAAAUAACACCCCGUGACUAUCUAGAGCUUGCCCUAAGGCCUGUUCAAGGUAGUGGAAGAGAUAUAGCUGCCAAAAAUGAGAUUCGAGACUCCAUUCGAGCUCUCUUUCCAGAUAGAGAAUGCUUCACCCUCGUGAGGCCUUUGAACAAUGAAAAUGAACUCCAACGACUGGAUCAAAUAUCGUUGGACAAAUUAAGGCCUGAGUUUAGAUCUGGGCUGGAUGCACUUACCAGAUUUGUUUUUGAGAGAACAAGGCCUAAGCAAGUUGGGGCCACUAUAAUGACAGGCCCGAUUCUUGUUGGUAUCACAGAAUCUUAUUUGGAGGCUCUUAAUAAUGGUGCAGUGCCCACAAUAUCCUCUUCGUGGCAGAGUGUUGAAGAAGCUGAGUGUCGAAAAGCACAUGACACUGCCACUGAAGUUUAUAUGUCCACUUUUGACCAUUCGAAGCCAGCUGAGGAAGCUGCUCUGAGGGAAGCACAUGAUGAAGCAGUUCAAAAAUCAAUCGCUGCAUUUAAUGCUAGUGCUGUGGGGAUUGGUUCGGCAAGGACAAAAUAUGAAGGACUUCUGCAUAAAUUCUUCAAAAAGAAAUUUGAGGAGUAUAAGAAGAAUGCAUUUAUAGAGGCAGACUUGCAAUGCUCAAAUGCAAUACAAAGCAUGGAAAAAAGACUCAGAGCAGCUUGUCAUGCUUUGGAUGCGAAUGUGGAUAAUGUUGUGAAGGUUCUCGACAGCCUUCUAUCUGAGUAUGAUAAAUCAUGUCAUGGCCCAGGGAAAUGGCAGAAAUUGGUUACUUUCCUACAACAAAGUUUGGAAGGUCCAAUCCGUGACCUUGCCAAGAGGCUUAAUGAUCAAAUUGCAACUGAGAAGACUUCCCUCUCAUUAAGAUGUCGCUCAAUUGAGGAUAAGAUGGAAAUGCUUAACAAGCAACUGGAAGCUAGCGAGAAACAUAGGUCUGAAUACAUGAAACGUUAUGAUGAAGCUAUCAGAGAGAAGAAGAAGCUAUCUGAUGACUUUAUGAAGCGCAUGUCUGACUUGCAGAGCAGUCGCAGUUCACUAGAUGAGAGGUGUUCUAGCUUAUUGAAAACACUGGAAUCUACUAAGCAAGAAGCCUCAGACUGGAAAAGAAAACAUGACCAAUUGUUAUCAAAGCAGAAAGCUGAUGAAGGCCAGAUAAAUUCAGAAAUUGGAAUUCUUAGGUCUCGAACCAGCGCUGCAGAGGCAAGGCUGGCUGCUGCUCAUGAGCAUACCAGGUCAGCUAAAGAAGAGGCAGAAGAGUGGAAACGGAAGUAUGACAUUACUGUAAGAGAAACAAAAGCUGCUCUUGAGAAGGCAACAAUUGUGCAAGAGCGAACGAGCAAAGAAACGCAAUUGAGGGAAGAUGCUUUGCGAGAGGAAUUUUCUAGUCGUUUGGCAAAAAAGGAAGAGGAAAUAAAGGAGAAAAAUGGGAAGAUAGAGUAUGCUGAGCAAUGUAUGACAACUAUAAACUUGGAGUUAAAGGCUGCUGAAUCAAAAAUUAAGAGUUAUGAUUCCGAAAUAUCAUCCCUGAAGCUUGAAAUCAAAGAGGUGGUUGAGAAAUUGGAGUCUGUGAAUGCUAGGGCACAAUCUUAUGAAAGAGAAGCUAGGAUACUGGAGCAAGAGAAGAUCCAUUUGGAGCAGAAGUACCGAUCUGAGUUUGAGAGGUUUGCAGAAGUCCAGGAAAGGUGUAACCAUGCUGAAAAGGAAUCUAAGAGGGCUACUGAAUUGGCUGAUAAAGCACGUGCUGAUGCAGCAUCUGCUCAAAAGGAAAAGAGUGAGCUUCAGAAAUUGGCAAUUGAAAGAUUAGCCCAAAUUGAGAGGGCUCAGAGGCAUAUUGAAAGUUUGGAAAGAGAGAGAACUGAUUUAGCAGAUGCAGUUGAUAGAAUAAGAGUGUCAGAGAUGGAGGCUCUUUCGAAAGUUUCACUUCUAGAGGCAAGAGUUGAAGAAAGGGAGAAAGAAAUAGAGUCACUGCUGAAAUCGAAUAAUGAGCAGAGGGCUAGUACGGUUAAAGGCCUUCAGGAUCUUCUGGAUUAUGAGCGUAAAGCCCAUAGUGUUGCAAACAAAAGGGCAGAAGACCUUUCUCUUCAGUUGGAAGCAGCACGGGCAAAGCUUGAUUCACUCCAACAGGAGUUGACAUCAGUUCGUUUGAAUGAGUCAGCAUUGGACAGUAAGCUAAAGGCUGCUUCCCAUGGCAAACGCAUUAGAACUGAUGAUAUUGAAAUGGGUGUAGGAUCUGUUCAAGACAUGGGUACAAAUGACAGGAUUUUAAGACCUAGUAAGAAGUCCAGAAGCACAACAAGCCCUUUAAAGAACACACAGCCAGAAGAUGGUGGUUCAGUGUUCAAGGGUGAUGAGGAUAACCACAGUCAACAAACUGAUCCGGAAGAUUAUACCAAAUUCACGGUGCAGAAACUUAAGCAAGAACUCACAAAACAUAAUUUUGGUGCGGAGCUCCUCCAUUUGAGGAAUCCAAACAAAAAAGACAUCCUUGCUUUGUAUGAGAAAUAUGUUCUCCAGAAGUCGUAGGAGUUCUAUAAUCGACUUGUAUAGGUGUGAUUGUAAUCUACUAGAAAUUUAGUUAAUAGAUCAGUGUGUGCUUUAGAAGUAGGUUUAAGUUCUGAAGCGGUUGGUUGCAGGCCUUCGUACCAGGUUUGGAAAGUCAUAUUUAUGUUAAAAAGAGGAGUUUUAGUCAGAAGUGAGUUGAGGGGGAGAAAGUCUUUGUUCUUCUCUGUUUUUCUAAAUCCCCCUUUAAGAAUAUUUGUUGGCAUUUGGUCAUGGCAGACCUUUUUAUUUGGUGUCCUAUAUGAAUGAACUUUGUAAUGAUUUUCUUGGCUAGUAAAUAUUUGAAUGCCGUUUUCGCCUA